AUGCAUCUCUUCGCGCUCCCCGCAGUGCUCUGCGCUCUGAGCUACUGUGCAGCCCUUCCAUCCUCUGUUGAACCGCAGCCACUUCCUCUGGUCAUCUGGCAUGGAUUGGGCGAUCGAUAUGAUGCAGAUGGCUUGCACUCAGUCGGCGAGCUUGCUCAGGAGGUGUAUCCAGGGACAUACGUCUACUACAUUCGAAUCGACGAUGAUGGCGGCGAGGACAGAAGCGCCACAUUUCUUGGGAACCUGACCGAGCAGGUGGCAUCAGUCUGCCAAGCUCUACACGAUGACCCGAAGCUAAAAGAUAAGAAGACAGGCGAGGUACGAGUGGAUGCACUGGGAUUUUCUCAAGGGGGGCAAUUCUUGCGUGGCCUCCUCCAACGCUGCAACGGACUCAGCAUGCGUAGCUUGGUGACUUUCGGAAGCCAGCACAAUGGUAUUGCACAGAUCAAGGCCUGUGGGACUUGGGAUUUUGUCUGUAAAGGCGCUCUGGCGUUGAUACGGGGUAAUGCUUGGACGGAUUACGCACAGUCUCAUGUCGUGCCUGCGCAGUACUAUCGGACAAUCAACGACACCACAGGACUUGCGAGCGACGAUUACUUGAAGCACAGCAACUUUCUGGCGGACAUAAACAACGAGCGAGACGUCAGAAAUGCGACGUACAACACCAGACUGGCUAGUCUUGAGACAAUGGUCAUGUUUGUGUUUGAGAAUGACACCACGGUGAUUCCCAAAGAGAGUGGGUGGUUCGCAGAAGUGAAUGCGACAAGUGGAGAGGUGACGCCGCUGAGGAACAGGAAGAUGUACAAAGAGGACUGGGUUGGGUUGAAGAAGUUGGACAAGAAAGGCGGUCUUAUCUUCAAGACGACGCCUGGAGACCAUAUGCAGCUUGAAGAAGACAUCCUGAAAGACACCUUCGCAGCGUACUUUGGUCCGGAGCAGAAGACAGAUAUGGCGGCAACGUGGUGGCGGUUCUGGCAGCAGAAGCCUGAUGAUGUGAACCUUGCCACGUUCAAGGACGUUCUGUAG